GCCAACCCGAUUGACACCCCUAACUACUAGCCUAUUUUCAACCUAUUCUCCUGAUCUCCUCUCUCGAUUGCUUCUUCUUCCUCGAUCAUCAACUGGAGGGAGUUCCUUCUUCGAAGAAAGGCAUAAGAAAAGGAAAGAGCUUAUUAUAGUCUGUCUGUAUGGCUACAGAUCUGAUCAGCAAUCUCCCCGAUGAUGUUCUUGGCAAAAUCCUGUCUUUUGUUCCGACAAAGCUUGCUGCUUCAACGUCUGUUCUGUCCAAGAGGUGGAGGAACCUGCUUCCUCUUGUAGACACCCUUGACUUUGAUGAAUCGAUGCUUUUCUAUCCCAACAAAAAAGUGGGAAACGUAAAAGCAACAAAUCGUCAUAGUCGUCUUCGCCGUCGACAUCGCUUCUCUGAUUUCGUGGACAAGACACUUGCUCUGUUAAGCAAUUCUCCUCGCAUCAAGAAAUGUUCUCUGAUAUGUGACUACGAAGAGGACGAAUCUCGCAUCAACCGUUGGAUCCGCACUGUGCUAGACCGCGGCUGCUUGGAGAUGAACUUAGCGUCACGCUAUUCUCUCUGUAUAGAUUCUCAACUUUUCACAAGCAACACACUGGUUAAACUCACCAUCUCCGAUGGAUUUCAUCCUGUAGGCCGUCUUCCCCUUGACGGUUUGUUUUUCCCCGCGCUCAAGACACUUACUCUCCUUUCAGUAUCGUUUUCAUCUCUUGACAUGCAUAAGUUCUUCAUCCAUGGCUGCCCUGCGCUAGAGGAAGUAUUCAUAGAUGUUUGGAUGUCAUACUUGUCAAGUCCAAACGUCAAGCGAGUUACCAUCACUAGUGAUUUUGAUGACAAAUUCCAUCUUCGUAGCAUUGAGCUUAAGACACCUAGUCUUCUCUACCUUGACUACUCUAGUUAUGUUGCGGGUGUUCAUUAUGUUGUUUUGGAUUCGCUCGUCGAAGCUAAACUGGAUAUUCGAUUAUACGAGUCAUAUGAGGAUGAUGACGGUCCAUUGUGGAGUGAAUUUAAUGGCAAUGUUACGAGUCUGCUUGAGGGGAUCAGAACCAUUAAGAGCCUUCACUUGUCUCGUUAUUCUCUCGAGGUGUUUUACUUUUGUUGUAAUAAAAUACCGGUGUUCGACGAUCAUUUUUAUUUAUCUAUCGAAAGUGAUGAGGAUAUAGGCUGGCAAGUAAUGCCAAGCCUGCUCGAAAGCUCCCCAAAUCUACAAACUUUAGUCAUCAAGGGUCUUGUGCACAAAGUUACAGACUGGUGUGGAGACGCGUGCGCUUGCAUCCGUAUGAAGGACAUGGAGUUAGAAUGUAUUUUGUCUAAUUGUCGAGUGAAGGUGCUCGAGAUUUCAGGGUACGGAGGAAGUUUUAGAGAGCUGAAACAGAUGAGGUAUUUCUUGGGGAAGUUGGAAUGUCUUGAAACUGUGAAAAUUGGCGUAGAAGAGGACAGCAAGAACCUUAAUUACGUGCAAGCUAAUGUAAUGGCUCUCCCCAAGGUCUCAUCAAAAUGCAAGAUUCAGUUCAUCUGAUUGUUUUUGUUCACAUAUGGGUUUUUUUUUUCUUCUUCUUUUCCCAAACUGAUUAUACAAUGGAUCCAUAAUCAUAGAUUUUCUUAU